UUGUCCCCUCCUCCCUCCUGCCGGCACCCACGUCAGACUUCCUCCUUCACUUGGCUGGACGCCAUAUCCCACUGACCCUUAGACUGUGGUGUCCCUCUGCAUCGCCUGCGUCAUGGGGGGCCGUGGACCCUCCAACCGGCUCCUGAUCCUGCCUCUCCUUCUGACUCUGGCUGAUCUCAGCCCUGUCCAGGCCAUGCAAGAAUGCAAGUGCUCUGCGGUGAGCCCUGGUGUGCUGGCGGGGAUCGUGCUGGGGGACCUGGUGCUGACUCUGCUCAUCGCCCUGGCUGUGUACUCCCUGGGCCGGCUGGUCCCGCGGAGGCGAGCGGCCUCGGAGGUGUCCCGGAAACAGCGCAUGGCUGAGACAGAGUCGCCAUAUCAGGAGCUCCAAGGGCAGAGAUCAGAUGUCUACAGCGACCUCAAUAUACAGAGGCAGCAGUACAAGUAAGCCUGAACCACAGCAGUCAACAGCCUAAUGCCUGGAUGCAGACAUUCCUGCUGCCCAUCCAGCACCCUAUUUUAACCCCCACCAAGAUGCGGAUCCACAGAGUGUUCCCUAAACAUCAUACCUCUCCCCACUACUGUUUCCAAAUAAACA